CACGCAUCGGAGCCCGCUCAGAACGCACUCGCGCUCCACCGUGGUCGUUGGUGAGUCUGUGUGUGUUGCUACAGGUCGAUCAACGACAAACGGCUUUAAUCACAAUAAAACGCUGAUCGCUCACGAUUUCGAAGGGGGAAAACGCCUGGCGAAAAAACCAUUUAGCACGACCAGUUUUGGCUGCAUUCCGCUCGAUACCUUCGAACGCAACGGAUUGGAGCUGCAUACGGGCAGAGUUUAGGGUUGCUUUUUCCUGCUUUUGUGAACAGUGAUUCUAGUUUACCAACACUCCUACCAACCAUGAAGCAAUCUUUGGCGGCGAUUCUUAUUCUGGCGGCAUUCGCUGUGAACGCCCAAGCGGUUACCGUGGACGUUUACUAUGCCCACCUUUGUCCAGACAGUGUCCGCUGGGUACAGGAUCAGCUCCUGACAUUGAAUCCGACUCUGCUGAACGCCAUCACCCUUGACUUCAUUCCGUUCGGCAAGGCACAGAGUGUCAACAACGGCCAGAGCUUCAUUUGCCAGCAUGGCCCAGCAGAAUGCGAAGGAAAUCGGGUACAGUCGUGCGUGCUCAGUCUGCUGCCAAGCCAGCAGGCUAAGGUGAACUACGUCGGAUGCCAGAUGAGCUUCACUGCGGACCCACGUGGAUGGGAGUGUGCCUUCCGUUCGGGAGUUAAUCUUAAUGCGGCCGAAGGAUGUGUCGAAGGUACCCAGGGAACGGCUCUUCAGCUGGAAGCGGAACGUCGCACGCAACUGAUCUCCCCCGCCUUCAUUCCUACCAUCGUAUUCAACGGACAAUUUAACCAGGCUCUGCAGGAUCGCUCGCUGACGGACUUUGCCGGCAUCAUUUGCGAGCUUGCUGGACUCUCCGGUGUGGGUUGUUAAGUGCCAUCGCAUUUCUGUGUACAAAACCGAGCAGACGAGUAGUGAUUAACUAUAAGGAAGUCAAUUGGACUGUGAAGAAACUGAGAAACAACUGCUGCAAAACAAAACCUGACGCGUUAAAAUAACAAAAAAUAAAUCGCCAGUGUGUUUAAAACGAA